AACGUAAGGUACCUUACCUUAGUCACCAUAACUCCCACUGCUGAACGUCGUUCUUCAUCUGGCUUCUUCAUUCACCUCGGUUCAUGUGAGAGAUUUCUAUUUCUCAACGCCAUGCCAGGCUGGCGCGACGAGUACCUUGCGUCCCUGCGUGAGCAAGAGCGUAACAACCCCGUCAACUUGGAGCUCGUCGACCUCUGCUCCCAACUCGCCGACCGCAUCGCAGCUCUCGAGGCCGAAAAAGACGUCCUAGCCGCCCGCGCCGCAACAACAGCACCAGAGACGCGAAAGUCCAACAAAAAGUCCCGAGAACCACCACCGUCCACAGAAGACACCACAUCCGACCCGGCGAUCGCCCAACUCCGCCUCGACCUAGCCGAAUCCCUGCGCUCCCGCGGUGCCCUGCAAACCCGCCUCAAAAAGGCCGAGGACGAAGUCGCCGACCUCCGCGCCAAGAACAGAUCCGACGCGCGCCGUGUCAAGGAGCUGUCUGCCGACCGCGCGGUGCUGAUAACCAAGCUGCGCGACCGGGAGGACGAGAUUCGGGAGAAGAGGAAGCUUAUUGAGAACGUUCAAGACGAAAUGAUCGCCCUCAACCUUCACGUCGCCAUGGCGGAAAAGGAGCGCGACAAGGUCAAGAAGGAGAAUGCGGAACUGGUCGACCGGUGGAUGAAGCGGAUGGCGCAAGAGGCCGAGGCCAUGAACCUGGCCAACGAGCCGCACUUUGAAAGGAAGCGCUGAGGGGGAAUGUCCUUGAUGAAAGCUGAUGUUUCGACUGGGUUGCCGAGCCGAGUCUUCGGCACUUGCGGACUGCCGAGAAGAGAGACUCGGGCCUUCUCACCAGUGCCUCCAUGAGGGGACCAUG